AUGCAGGCCAUGGACACGGCCACCGCGGAUUUGUACGAGGAGGAUGGCAAGGACCUGGCGGGCUACGACUUCCAGCCGCUCCCCACUCUGCCGGAGGAUGAGGAGAACGUGUCCCUGGCCGACAUCCUGUCGCUGCGGGACAGUGGCCUCAGCGAGCAGGAGGCGUGGGCCGUGUGCCUGGAGUGCAGCCUGUCCAUGAGGAGCGUCGCCCACGCGGCCAUCUUCCAGACCCUGUGCAUCACGCCGGACACUCUGGCGUUCAACACCAGCGGGAACGUGUGCUUCAUGGAGCAGCUCAGCGAUGACCCCGAGGGCGCCUUUGUGCCCCCCGAGUUCGAUGUGACCGGGAACACCUUCGAGGCUCACAUCUACUCUCUGGGGGCCACGCUAAAGGCAGCCCUUGAGUACGUGACUGAGCCCGAGCCGGAGCCCAGGCUGAGCCAAGACCUGGAGGCGCUGCUGAGCCAGAUGCAGGCAGAAGACCCUAGGGACCGGCCUGACCUCGAGAGCAUCAUAGCAUUGUGUGAAGAGAAGAUGCUCUUCACGUCCUCCUGCCGUCUGUGCCGGAGCCUCUCGGCCAUCGGGAGGAGGGUGCUCUCCAUUGAGUCCUUUGGAGCAUUUCAAGAUGUCACCGAGAGCGGCUGGAGCGGGAGACCUACUGCAGGAAGCGCAGGGCCCAGGAAACAGCCGGGGGGCCACGCCGCAGACCCAGAGGGCCUGCCGCAGCACCCUGCCCGUGAAGCCCGUGGCAGCCCGGAGCAGCCUGCUACCCUGUCCUCCAAGCCCCUGCUGUCAGCCCCUGUGAGAAAUGGAGAGCGGCUGGCCAGCCUCAUCCUGGACACCCAGCGCCCCCUGGGUGAGCUGGAGAGGAGCCGCCUGAGGAAGGUGCAGACGUUCCCCAGGCUCCUGCCCGACGGCGCUGAGGCCGGCACCCUCUGCCUGACGCUGACCCCCACCAAAAACCAGCCACCCAGAUCUGAAGUCUUCCCUCCAGACCCCAGGAAGGCCUUUCUAGAUGGGAAAAAUGGCCUUUCCAGCUACAAGUCACAGCCCAAGUCCAGACUGUGGCCAGAGCGGGAGCCCGAGCUCCAGCAGGGAGGACCUGGAGACACCAGCCGAAGCGGGGACAGGGUAUCUGGGGCACUGGGCUGGAGCCCUGUGGAGGAAAGCGCCCCAUCUCGCUCCGAGGACCCCAGAGAUGCCGGCCCAGAGCCUGGGACUUCCAGUGCUGAUGAGGGGACUCCCGACAGAGCUGGGGAGCCGGCUAGCACAGCAGGAGAGCAGGGCGUCUCCCUGCAGGAGCUCCUGUACCAGCUGGGCCGGCCCUUCAAGGAGUAUGAGCUCUGGGCUCUGUCCCACGCGUGUCUCACUGCUCUGCGCGCUCACAGCGAGCACCCAGCCUACCUGUGCCUGGACUCUGUGCUGGUGGCCGAGGACGGGGCCGUGCUCUUCAGCCCACCCCCUGCCAAUGGCACUUACGACACAUUUUUUCUGGCUCCUGAGGUUGCAGAGCAAGAACUGCUGACUGAGAAGGCCUCCGUGUACUGUGUGGCCGCAGUCCUGUGGACAGCAGCCAAGUUCAGCGUCCCCCGAGACCACAAGCUGGCCCUGCCACGCAGGCUCAAGACCCUCCUCUUGGACAUGGCCAGACGCAGUGCCCAAGAGCGGCCGUGCACAGCUGAGGCCAUCAAGAUAUGCAGCACUUACCUCCUCCAGCGGGGCAUGGACAGCAGAAGGAUCCUGGCUCACCUGAGGGCGUCCACCGGUAAGGUUGACCAGGAGGAAGAGACCAUCGGCCUCCAGAAUGCUCUCUCGGUGGUUGAUCUGAACCCCAGCGCCCCCAGGCCCCAGUUUAUCCCAGGUUUUGUUCGGGUUGGCGGCGACACCAGGCUGGUGGCGGUGCGGGGGCCUGUGCCCUCUCAACCCCCCUGCUGCGGAGGGGCCACGGUGCUGCCAGCCACCUUCACCACCACAGCCACACUCUUCCAGCCCAUCGUGCUGGCCGCAGAUGCAGGUGACGCCAGGGACAGGGAGGGCGAUGGGAAGCGGGCUCCCGAGGCCCAUGGAGCCACCACCAGCCAGAAGGUUCCUGACCAACCAGUACCUGCUGCUGGACCACAGGGAGCAGCUGCAGAACCGCUCAGGGAGUCAGUGCCGAGAGACGCAGCCCAGGGGGUCCCCUGCACCCCACCCCCUGGCCCUGGGGGGGCUUCACCAGCAGUGCCCGAGUCUUCUACAGCUGCCCCACUCCUGAAGGCACAGGCACCUCCCGUGGAGCAAGGGCCAGACCAACCAGCCCCACCUAGAACCCCAGUGUCCAGUGCAGCCCACCACGACCCGAGUCACCCAGCCAAGCCACCCAGGACCAAGGCCACCGAGGGCACAGGCUGGAAGCCUCGGGGUCCCUCAUCAGCCCCGUGGGACCCCUCCCUGGCCAAGGCAAGUCCAGACAGCCCCAAAGGCACCUCUGUCCCAGAACAGGAUGGCCUGGCCCCAGACAGUCAUCCCGAGCGGCCCCUGCCAGCAGACCACAAGCUCUGUCUGCCCGGUGUGGACGCCUCAGCCCUCCCGAAGAGGACAGCCUGCCCGUCGCUGCAGGAGGCCAUGCGCCUCAUCCAGGAGGAGUUUGCCUUCGACGGCUACUUGGACAACGGACUGGAGGCUCUGAUCAUGGGGGAAUAUAUUUACGCCUUGAAAGACCUCACCUACGCCACUUUCUGUGGGGCCAUAUCAGAGAAGUUCUGUGACCUCUACUGGGGGGAGAAGUUGCUGCAGAGUCUUUUCAAAGUGGUGAACGGGAGGAUGUCCCCCUCUGAGAAUGCUUCAGAGGAGGCUGGGUCACAGCCCAAGGGCGGCACGGCCAGCACUCCAAGUGGCUGCUCACUGUCCAGCAAAAGGCCAUCACUGCACGGAGCAGGGAAGGAGAAACUGACCACCGCGCGGGUCAGCCGAGCCCCCUGCCCGUCCCCGGCGCUGUCCGAUGUGGACGCGGACGAACUCUCACGGGGUAACUUUGAGGUGGGAUUCCGGCCUCAGAAGUCGGUCAGAGGCGAGCGGGAACAGCAGCAGGAGGCCGGAGAGCACGGGCAGCAGGGAGGGGGCCCGGGGCCCGAGGCGGUGGCCCAGCUGGCCAGGCCCAAGAAGGGGGCCCCGGCUGUGCACUCGGGCCCGGCCGAGCUCCAGAGCUGCAGUCCCGGCUGGUGCAGCGCCUUCUACGAGGCAGACUGCUUCGGUGCCGACGUCUCCAGCUACGUGAAGGAGCUGGUGAGGCAGAGAGCCGGCAGGGCCACAGACACGGACGCCCAGAGCCCGGAGCUAGAGCAGCAGCUCCUGAUCGAGAAGAGGAACUACCGGAAGACGCUGAAGUUCUACCAGAAGCUCCUGCAGAAGGAGAAGCGCAGUAAAGGCUCCGAGGUGAAGACCAUGUUGUCCAAACUGAGAGGGCAGCUGGAAGAAAUGAAGUGCAAAGUGCAGUUCCUGGGACUGGUCAAGAAGUACCUGCAGGUCAUGUACGCAGAGCGGUGGGGCCUGGAGCCCUGCGCCCUGCCCGUGAUUGUGAACAUCUCCGCGGCCCACUGCGACACACUGGAUUUCAGCCCCCUGGAUGAGUCCUCGUCCCUCAUCUUCUACAACGUCAGCAAGCACCCGCGUGGCGGCAAGCAGAGGAAGGCCCGCGUCCUGCAGGCCGGCACGCCUCUGGGGCUCAUGGCAUACCUCUACUCCAGUGACGCCUUCCUGGAGGGGUACGUACAGCAGUUCCUCUACACCUUCCGGUACUUCUGCACGCCCCAGGACUUCCUGCACUUCCUCCUGGACCGCAUCAACAGCACCCUGUCCAGGGCCCACCAGGACCCCACCUCGACCUUCACCAAGAUCUACAAGCGAAGCUUCUGCCUCCUGCAGGCCUGGCUGGAAGAUUGCUAUGCUGUGGACUUCACCCGGAACACCGGGCUCCUGGGCAGGCUUGAGGACUUCAUCUCUUCCAAGAUCCUGCCACUGGACGGCUCCGCGGAGCACCUGCUGGGCCUCCUGGAGGUGGGCACUGACCGGCGGGCCGAGGGCACCUCCCGUGGCACAGACCUGGAGGACCCCAAGGGAGCCGAGGAGGACGGCAGACCCCUCAGUGCCCUCUGUAAGAGGCUCUCAGAAGACGGCGUCUCCCGGAAGAGCUUCCCGUGGAGGCUGUCCCGGGGCAACGGGCUGGCACUGCCACACCACAAGGAGCGCCAGUACACCAUUGCGUCUGCCCUGCCCAAGCCCUGCUUCUUCGAGGACUUCUACGGCCCCUAUGCCAAGGCCAACGAGAAGGGCCCCUACUUCCUGACCGAGUACAGCACCCACCAGCUCUUCAGCCAGCUAACACUUCUGCAACAGGAAUUAUUUCAAAAGUGCCAUCCCGUCCACUUCUUAAACUCACGGGCCCUGGGCGUCAUGGACAAAAGUGUGGCCAUCCCCAAAGCCAGCUCCUCCGAGUCUCUGUCAGCCAAAACCUGCAGCUUAUUUCUGCCCAAUUACGUGCAGGACAAGUACCUAUUACAGCUUUUGAGAAGUGCAGAUGACGUCAGCACCUGGGUGGCAGCUGAAAUUGUGACCAGCCACACCUCCAAGUUGCAGGUGAAUUUGCUGUCCAAAUUUUUGCUGAUUGCAAAAUCUUCCUAUGAGCAGAGGAACUUCGCGACAGCCAUGCAGAUUCUGGGAGGCCUGGAGCACCUGGCCGUGAGGCAGUCCCCUGCCUGGAGAAUUUUACCCGCGAAGAUAGCGGAGGUCAUGGAAGAGCUGAAAGCCGUGGAGGUCUUCCUGAAGAGUGACAGCCUGUGUCUGAUGGAAGGACGGCGCUUCCGGGCCCAGCCCACGCUGCCCUCAGCCCGCCUCCUGGCCAUGCACAUCCAGCAGCUGGAGACAGGCGGCUUCACCAUGACCAAUGGGGCCCACAGGUGGAGCAAGCUCAGAAACAUAGCCAAGGUGGUGAGCCAGGUGCGUGCGUUCCAGGAGAACCCCUACACGUUCGCGCCCGACCCCAAGCUGCAGUCCUACCUCAAGCAAAGAAUCGCACGCUUCAGCGGGGCCGACAUUUCCAUUUUAGCGGCAGACAACAGGGCCUCCUUCCACCAGAUCAGCAGCGAAAAGCACUCCCGGAAGAUCCAGGACAAGUUACGGAGAAUGAAGGCCACGUUUCAGUGACGGGGACAGUGGGUGUGGUGGGGAUUCCAAAGACCCAGGUAGAAAGGAGGCACCGCUUGCUGCCCCGGCCCAGACGGUCCCAGCACACACCUGCCGCUGUAG